AUGGUUUCAGAAAACCACCCAGAAAACACGUUGAAUGACUUGGAAAUGAAUCUCUCUCGAGAAUUACAAACCAAAGAGCAAAGAAUUAAGGAAUUAGAACAAAGUAAAAUGAUUGCUGACGAAGAAAAUCAAUUGAUACUUUCCUUUUUAUGGAAUGAAAUAGGUGGUGAGGAUUUAGAUAAUUUAAGAAAAUUAUUAGCAGGACGAAAACUUCCUGAGAUAUUAGCUGAACUAGAUGAACGAGCGAAAGAGUUAUCAAAGUUAAGUUCUCAAUUCGAAUCUUUAGAAGAAAAGUUUAAAGAGAGAGAAGAAAGUGUCAAAGCAAGGCAGCAAGAAACCAUUAAUGUUUUUGAAGAAAAUAUUAGGGAACGAGAAGAAGAAAACAAAGUCAAGCAAGAAACGAUCAAUGUUUUAGAAGAAAAGAUUAGUGAACGAGAAGAAGAAGUUAAAGCUAAACUAGAAAUUAUUAAUGACUUGGAAGAAAAGAUUAGAAAGCGAGAAGCUAUGUGA